AUGUUUGAACAAUAUGAAAAAAAAGCUUUAUUAUUAUCAAAUGUUAAAGAGUAUGAUGAAAGUAGAAAAAAGAAAAGAAAACUUGCUCAUGAUGAAACAAGCAAAAAUGAAAUAUUUCAAGAUUCCAGAACUAAAUUUCGAGUAAAUACUUAUAUUGAAAUUGUUGAUCGCUUAACAUCUGAAUUAGAAAGAAGAAAAAUUGCAUACGAUGAAAUAAAUAAUAAUUUUGGGUUUUUAUUUAACUUAACUAAAUCAAGUUCUGUUGAACUGAUAAAUUGUACUAAUUAUCUACAUAAAAAGUAUACAAAUGACCUACCUAGUUCUUUUGCAAAUGAAUGUCUCCAUUUUAAAGGCUAUUUAAUAUCUAAAUCAAAAACUGAACCCAUGACUAUACUUGAAAUGCAACAAUUUAUUAUUGAAAAUAAAGUUCAAGAGGUUUUUCCAUACAUAGAAAUUGCAACCAGAAUGUUCUUGAGUAUUCCAGCAAGUAACUGUUCUGCAGAAAGGUCAUUUUCUGCAUUAAAACGCAUUAAAAACUAUUUGAGAUCCAAAUUAAAUGAAGAGUUGCUAAAUGAUUACGCCAUAUUACAUAUAGAAGCAGAGCUCGUAAAAAACAUCGAAUUUGAUGAAGUAAUUGACAAGUUUGCUUCAACAAAAGCCAGAAAAAAUUCAUCUAGUAUAAGGUUUUAA